CCCAAUACACACGUAUCGCUACCUAGCACCUACAAGCACAUUUAAAAAUGUCUUCGAUCCUUUCUAGCGAUGGUAUAUCCGUCGUUCUUGGCGCCCAAUGGGGUGACGAAGGCAAAGGAAAACUCUCUGACAUUCUCUGUGGUGAAGCCGACGUCUGCGCCCGUUGCCAGGGUGGUAACAAUGCCGGCCAUACCAUUGUUGUCAACGAUGUCAAGUACGACUUUCAUAUUCUUCCUUCGGGUCUUAUCAACCCUAGCUGCACUGCCUUGAUUGGCGCUGGUGUGGUUGUUCACUUGCCUUCGUUCUUUGACGAACUCGAGAAGCUCCAGUCUAAGGGCUUGGACUGUGAUGGCCGACUUUUGAUUUCGGACCGUGCUCACCUUGUCUUUGACGUCCACCAAACCAUCGAUGGUCUGAAGGAACUCGAAUUGGGCCGUGGCAGCAUUGGCACCACCAAGAAGGGCAUUGGACCGGCUUAUUCCUCCAAGGCCUCCCGCUCGGGUCUUCGCGUGCACCAUCUGUACAACUUUGACGAAUUCGCUGCCAAGUUCCGUGUCCUUGUUGAAAACAAGCGCAAGCGGUAUGGCAAUUUCGAAUAUGACGUCGAAGGCGAGCUGGCCCGCUACCGCGAACUUGCUGAACGCUUGCGCCCUCAUGUCGUUGACCACGUUUCGUAUUUGCACGAGCAGAUGCAAGCUGGUAAAAAGAUUCUGGUCGAAGGUGCUAACGCCCUCAUGUUGGACAUUGAUUUCGGUACCUACCCCUACGUUACCUCGUCCAACACUGCCGUCGGUGGUGUUUGCACUGGUUUGGGCGUCCCACCUACCAAGAUCAAGAAGGCCAUUGGUGUCGUUAAGGCAUACACUACUCGUGUCGGUGGCGGUCCUUUCCCUACUGAACAGCUCAACGAUGUUGGCGAAUACUUGCAGCGCGUUGGUUUCGAGUUUGGUGUCACUACUGGACGUAAGCGUCGUUGUGGCUGGCUCGAUAUGGUCGUUGUCAAGUACUCGACCAUGAUCAACGGUUACACCAGCUUGAACAUUACCAAGCUGGAUAUCUUGGAUCAGUUGCCUACUAUCAAAAUCGCUACCGCCUAUCAUUUGGAUGGUAAGCCUUUGAGCUCGUUCCCUGCAGAUUUGUCCGUCCUGGAGCGCAUCGAAGUCCAGUACGUCGAGGUGCCUGGCUGGCAAAAGGAUAUCUCUCGUUGCCGAACUUGGGAAGAAUUGCCUGAAAAUGCACAGAAAUACGUCGAACUUAUCGAAAAGGAAUCUGGUGUUCCUGUCGAAUGGAUCGGUGUCGGUGCAAGCCGUGAUGCUAUGAUCAGAAAGCCUCUUCCUCAGUAAAGCUUUUUUCGCAUAGAAAAGAUAUACCAACGGAUGUAUAUUUUGGAAUUAUUUGUGUACAAAAGAAAUAAAAACAUAAACCUUUUCGUUG